UGAAAAGUGUUGUGUAAAAAAUAAUUAAAUUACCUUUUUGGGUGUACACCCCCUGGAUUGAAAAGGAUUUAAUUAUGAAGAAAGAAAUAUUUGAGUGCAAAAAAUUUGAAAAUUGAGAAUUUAUUAAUUGGAAAAACUCAAUAAUUAUUAAUAUGUGUAAAAUAUCCUUCGUCGUCCUUCUGUGUGUACUAUGUUGCAAUCUAGUAUUGUGUGACUUUGAACAACAACCAAAAAUAUUCAUUGAAGAUGAUGGUAACCUCAUUUUGGAGGCGGUUUAUGAUAAAGAUAUUGUAUUUUCUUUAUCGCCAAAUUCUGCUCUGAAUAUAAAUGAUGUCAAUUUAAUGGAAAUUUUGAAUGCUCUUCAAGAAAACAAUACACAGGUAGAAGCAAAUAGCAUGGUUUCGACAGACGAAUUGACUAAGCAGUUAAAUGCCUUUAAACGGGACUUACGCGGUUUAGAAAGAAGGCUUAGAAAUUAUGUAAAUAGAACACGGUUUAACAAGUUAAGACGAGACUUGCGAUCCGGUUUAUUUAAAAUCCGACAACUACAGGGCCGCAUUGAAUCGAUCGAAAGAGACGCUAGAAUAGAUGAGUGCACUGUCAAUAAUACGAUUCCAUGUAAAAAUGGUGGCUCCUGCUAUGAUCAAUUCAAUGAUUUCAUUUGCUUAUGCACCGAAGGAUGGAUGGGAAAAACUUGUGAUAGUGACGUUGAUGAGUGUGCUCAAUUCAACAAUACUGAUCUAGGAUGCCAAAAUAAUGGACGAUGUAUUAAUACUCCAGGAAGUUAUCGUUGUGAGUGUGCUGCUGGUUUUUCUGGUGUUCACUGCCGUCUUCGUGAGAUGAUUUGUGAAAAAUAUAAUGGAGACGAACUCUGCGGCCAUGGCACAUGUGUGAGCGCCAAUAAUAUACAUAACUACACUUGCAUUUGCGAUGUUGGCUGGACAUAUACAAAUUCUUCUCCAGCAUGUGUAAUCGAUAUUAACGAAUGUGAGCUUCACACUAAUCCUUGCCAUAGUGAGUGUAUCAAUAUGCCAGGUAGUUUUAAAUGUGGUCCAUGUCCAAAUGGAUACACUGGAAAUGGCAUUACUUGUCUUGACGUGGAUGAGUGCGCUAUCGAUAACGGUGGUUGCAGUUUAAUACCGAAAGUAAACUGUAUAAAUACUGAGGGAUCAUAUCACUGUGGCAAUUGUCCAGAAGGUUGGUUGGGUGAUGGUCAUAUUUGUAUACCGGCUCCUUCCAAUGAUUGUACUUCAGAAAAUAUUUGUCAUCCUAAAGCAAAAUGUGAGUAUAUAUCGGAUACAGUGGUUUGCACUUGUCCAGUCGGUUUGUCUGGUCACGGUUUUGGGGAAAAUGGUUGUAAAUCGGAAAUAGCCACACAUCCAUGUGAGAAUCAUGAAUGUAAGAAUAACGGAACAUGUGAAGUGAAUGGUGAGGGCACUCGUUGUAUAUGUCCUGAAGGUUAUAUGGGUGCUACAUGUGAAAAAAAUGACGCAUGCCAUCCAAAUCCAUGUUCAAAUGGUGGUAGUUGUAAGUUGGCUCCGAAAAAUAAGUAUCGUUGUGCAUGUCAACGUGGCACUACAGGAAAAAACUGUGAAAUACAACGUGAAAUUUGCGGUUCCGUUUUGAGACAAGAAACAGGAGAAGUGAUCUAUCCACCAGAGGGUGGUAACUACGAAAAUAGAGAACGUUGCGCAUGGAUCAUACGUACCACAACUAAUAAAAUUCUCAAUAUAACUUUCAGUAAAUUUGAUUUGCAAACAUCGCUUGACUGCAGCAAAGAUUUUCUGCAAAUUCACGAUGGUCGUUCACUUAGUGCGCAGCUUGUGGGACGCUUCUGUGGAAGCGAUUUGCCUCACGGCGGUACCAUUAUGACUUCUCAUCAAGAAGUAUUUUUUUGGUUUCGUACGGAUAAUGAAACUACUUCAACUGGCUUUAAAUUUUCGUGGGUAUCACAGCCUCACACAUGUGGUGGUCAAUUUGAAUUGGGUAUGGGUAACAGCGAUGUAAUAAAGUCUCCAGGUUAUCCCGGAAAGACACCUAUUAACCGUGAAUGUGAAUGGGAGUUGGAAGCGAGUUUUGGUUAUCGAUUUGUAUUGCGCUUUUAUGAAAUUAAUCUUGGUGGUGAUUCUAAUUGUACACAAGAUACGCUAAAGAUUUACGACUCAGAUCGCCUCGUGAAAACUUUCUGCGAGUCUGAAAAACCUGCUCCUUUCUAUACAUCUUCAAAUAUAAUAAGCAUACAUUUCCAUACAGAUGCUUUUCGAGAAGACAGUUCAUUUCAAUUACAUUAUGAGGUGAUACCAAGUUCACCGAACUGUGGUGGAAUUUUCACUGCGCCAAGAGCUACCAUCGGCGGCCACAUUAAUGCAGAAAUUUGUCUUUAUCUAAUACAACAGCCCCCAGGUACUAAAAUAAAACUAGAAAUUUUAAAUUAUAAUUUAUUGGAUAGCGAUGAUUGUGAUUUGCAAAAAGUUGAAAUUUUUAAUGGAAAAACUGACGAAUAUCCAUUGGAGAAACGAAUAUGUGGUGAUUUCAAGUCAGUGAGUCCGAUUAUAUCGGAGGGAAAUUACUUGCUUAUACGAUAUGAGUACGCGGUUGUAGGCUUAAAAAUUGACACAUUGUCUUUCGAAGCAAGAUAUAGUCGGAUUUGUGAGGACAAAUUUUUCGGUCCUGAUGAUGGAAUUUUUAUGACACCCAACUAUCCUAACCCCUAUUUUGAUCACAUGACUUGUACAUAUGACAUUUAUGGUCCAUUGGGGAGUGUGAUCCAUAUUAAGUUUGCAGAUUUUCAAAUAUCUGAAAGUGUGCCAACGCUUCUGGAUGAAGAUGGUCACAAUGUGAAAUUGAAGCAACUUAACGACAGUGAUGUUGAUGAAAAUCUUAAUUUUGUUGAGGUUUAUCUAUCUAAGAUAAGUAAACGUCGAUUUUAUAAGAAUGCUACUCCAGAGCCAUUGGUAUCCAGCCAGAAUCACUUGCGUAUUAUUUUCAAAACAGCAGAAAAUAGUCGUAAGGCGAGAGGAUUGAAAAUAGAAUAUUCUUUUGAAACUGUGCGUUGUGGUGGAAUUUUCACAGAAUUACGUAACAGUUACGAAAGCAACGAGAAGCUCAGUGACGUCUCUUAUUGUGAAUGGAUUAUUGAAGCACCAGAAAAUAAACACAUAUCUUUGACUCUAACCUACACACCACCACAAAAUGCCAAUAACUUCAGUCUUUCGUUGCAUUCAAAACUACCUGAUACCAAAGACGAAAAGCUUCUGGCUAGUUAUUCUCAAAAUAUUUAUUUGAAUGAAGUGUUUCACACGAAUGUAUUGACAAUAAAGUCUGUUAAUGGCUUAACGAAUUCUUCUGACUACUUUCCGGCAUAUAUAUCUUUCAAUUAUACUUUAGUGGAUAGUGCGGAAAACUGUGGUGGUAAUUUCAGUACAAGGUUCGGUGUACUUACGUCACCUGGUUGGCCAAUGCCUUACGGUAAUGACUUGGAUUGUGUAUGGAUUAUAAUUGCGCCACUCGGUCACACAAUAGAACUUGUGCCUAAGGAAUUCGGUUUGGAGCAAGUUUCGACUGUAUGCGAUGAUGAUUUCUUAGAGAUAAGGAAUGGCAUGUUUAGUAAUUCUCCAUUAAUUGGUCAAUAUUGUGGAGUGAAAAUACCAGACCGAAUACCAUCUUUUACAAAUGUGUUAUAUAUACGCUUUGUAUCGGAUUGGUAUAUUUCUGAUAAAGGGUUCAAUAUUGUUUGGCAGCAAACUAGUACUGGUUGUGGAGGCAAACUAGAUUCAUUCUCAGGUUCCAUACAUUCGCCACAUAAUGCGGAAAUAUCUGGUGAAGUGGUGUGUAGUUGGAGUAUAACCGUUUCACCCGGUUCCGUUAUAAAUCUUAAUCUCACUUCUAAUAAUCCAAGUGCCUUAUGUAGACAAAAUAGUUUAACUAUUUAUGAUGGUCCCUUAACAAAUAGUCCCACACUCAAGCUAAACUGCACAAAUUUUGGAGAUGUGUUAACAUUGCAGUCAACAUCAAACAAAGUACAUGUACGUUAUAGUGCUGAUGGAGAUGGACUUAAAUUUGUACUGGAUUAUGUAACGAAUUGCAACGUAAUCAUUAAUAGUUUGCAGGGCAUCAUCGAAUCUCCUAAUUUUCCAGAAAAUUAUCCAUAUGACUUGAAAUGUGCUUGGGAGUUACGCGGAGGUCGUAAAAUGUCUCUUCUUUUUUCUCAUUUGGAUGUAGAAGGUUCCAAAUUGAACUGUGCGUAUGAUUACAUAGAAGUUGUAGAUAUGCGUAAUGAUGAAGUACUUUCCACUCAACAUUUAUGUUCCAUACCCACAAGUACAAUUACAAACAGUGGCAGCCAUCUCAUAUUAAAAUUUUUCAGCGAUGGCUCCUUUAGUAAAAAAGGAUUUCGUGCAGAGUUCAAAGUUGUUGGAUGUGGUGGUCAUUUAACGGAUAAUAACGGGCGCAUUGAAACCCCUAAUGCUCCAUAUAGUGUAGAUAUCGAUUGUAGAUGGUAUAUAGAGGUCCCAUCAGAUAGACAAAUUGUACUUAAUAUCAACUCAGUUCAAUUUGGUUCUUCGAAACAUUGUGAUUCAGAUUAUGUGAUAAUAUCAGAAUCAUACAAUGCUUUAGAAUUCAACAAGCAGUGCGAAAGAAGUAUUAAACCUUUAAUUUUUACUUCAUUUGCGAAUCGUUUAUUUAUACAUUUUCAUACAAGUGAGAGACGGGAGCAAAAGUUUCUUAAAGCUUCAUACUUCACUAAAAAAGCUGAUUGUGGUGGAACUUAUCAUGGAGGCAGUAACACUAUCUCAUCACCCAACUACCCUCAUGACCAACUGAAAAAUAUCGAAUGUGUUUGGUAUAUAACAGUGGAUGACGGUAAAAAUAUACUCUAUGGAUUGAAUGGAUAUAAUGUGACGAGCUCAUUAAAUUGCACCAGUGCUUCCAUAACAAUUAGUGAAGAAUUAAAUGGAGUUUGGACACCAAAAAAACCAAUUUGUGGUGAUAGUGAAUAUGUAUCUUCAAUGGAUCUUUACAAUCUUUGGUUUAGUGUAGGAAAUCAAAUAAGUAUUACCGUAAAGGCCGAUGUUAAUAGUACUGCAAUGUUUGCCUUUUCAUAUUACGAGGAAUGCCAUGUCACGUUAACCGAUACCAGUGGUGUUCUUAGCUCCAUUUCUUCGAAAUAUUGCAAAUGGGUUAUUGUAGCGACAGAAGGUUCACAAAUAAAUUUAAAUAUUUUGCAUAUAGAAUGUAAUGGUAAGCCUUUACACAGUUUAAAGAUAUAUGACGAUUCUAAAACAUUAUUACACAAUUUUUGUGAGGAGCACACAUCACAUGUUAUCGCAUCAAGUAAUUUGACUAUUGAAGCUCAGUUUAUAAACUUCCGUGCUUCAUACUCCACCAUACAGACUUCAUGUGGUGGUGUUAUAACGUCUCUGCGUGGCACUUUAGCGUCGCCUUAUUAUCCUAGUACUUAUCCAUCAAAUGUAGAAUGUGUUUGGGAUAUACGAGCUUCGAAGGGUAACUUUAUUGAAAUCAAUUUCGUAAACUUGGAUAUGGCAGAGUCAGAUCGUUGCAAUAAUGACUUUUUGGAGCUUCGAACUACAAUUCGUGGUAAAAUAUUAGCAACUUUAUGUGGAAAAAAUAUGCCAACAGCUCCGAUUGUAGUACUUGAAAAUAUAUGGAUUAAAUUUCGCAGUGUGGAAGGUAGUUCCGGCAAUGGCUUCAAGUUGACAUGGAACUAUGCCCACGAUAAUCUAUUUAACAAUUUAACUGGUAUAAUUGAAUCACCACCAGUUGGUUCCAUUGCUACUCAAGAGCCCUAUAGUUGGCGAAUAGAACUACCACGAGAUCAAUUAAUCACACUCGAGUUUAAGGAGUAUCUUAGUGGCUUAAACCUCUAUGAUGGGUUUAGUGACAUUGCUCUGAAAGUAGAAAUUCCUUAUUCUCCUUGGAGAUUUGUUUCAAGCACUAAUGUAGUCUUCCUAAAUUCUAUUAACGAUGAAUUACAACCAUUUCUAAUAAAUUGGAGUGCAGUUAGCAAAGAAGUUGUGAGAAGUAACCAAACAGUUAAUAAGUGUGGAGAAGACUUAAUAAUAUCCUUUAGUACAGCUGUAAAACUAAAUUCACCCGGUUACCCUAAUGGCUACGAUGAUAACUUGCACUGUACUUAUAUAAUCAAACCGGAAGAAAAUAUUCACCACGUUGUCUUUGAAUUAAUGUUUUUGGACUUAGAAGAAAUUUCAGAUUGUAGUGCUGAUAACGUGCGAGUUUUUUCCUCCAGUAAUCUAGAGGAUUGGCAUGAAGAGCUGAAAGUAUGCAAUAGCAAAAAGGAAGAAACUAAAGCAAUUGCAACAAUACGAGGCACGCCUUACUUAAAGGUAGAGUUUAAGAGCGAUGCUAGUAUCAACGGAACCGGGUUCUCUUCAUUCCUCACUACAGAAUGUGGCUCGAACAUAACUAACAGCAAUGUGGGCACAAUUAUAGGAAAUCAUGUCAUGCGUUCGCGCUUGAUGAACUUUACUUGUUUGUGGCAUAUUGAGGUAAGACCAGGCAAGCAAAUAAGCGUUGAGUUCAAGUUUAAUAGAACAAUUUCAACUGAUAAAGACUGUGCACAGUAUGCGAUAGUAUAUGAUGGCUUAGAUAGUCAUGCACCAAUUUUUCCACCUGGUCAUAUUUGUCAAGCAGUUGGUCACACUGUAAAUUUGUUAACAACCAGUACCAAUCAUGCAAUUAUCAAAUAUGUUUUACCGUUUUCUUGGAUAACUUUUAACAGAGCCCAAAUAUGGAAUAUUACCUAUCGCGAGUAUAGUGAGUGUGAUGAAGAAAUUUAUUUAACGCACUACGCCAGUUACAUAAAUAUUAGUUCGCCACGUUAUCCGAACGUACCUCAUCCACACACUGAAUGCAAGUGGAUCAUAAUUGGACCACCUGGAGAAACACUCCAACUAAGUUUUAUAGAUCGAUUUGAUAUGAAUACUCGGUAUUGCGAUAAAGAGUUUAUUGAGAUAUUUGAUGGAGCUACUGAUUUGGCUCCUAACUUAGGUCACUUUUGCAGACGUCCGAAUAUUGUACGCUCCACAUCCAACAUAUUGACUAUACAUUAUUUCACCGAUAUCGCUGAACCUCAUAAUGGUUUUCGUGUAAAUGCUUCUAUUGCUAGGUGUGGUGGAAGUUACAAUUCAAUGUAUGGUGACAUUACCUCAUUGAAUUAUCCGGCUCUUGGUGCAUAUCCCAAAAAUACGAUAUGUGAAUAUUCAAUAAAACUAAUUAGAAAUGCUCGCAUGAUUUUAAAUUUCACGGAUUUACAUAUUCCGUUCAAUAAUAAUAAUGUAAAUAAUUCAGAUCAUCUAGAUAUAUUCAGAAUUCUCGAUGAGAACACUACCGAAUUAGUAACUGUUAUAUAUGGAAAUGAAACAUUACCCCAAGUGGAGAUUGAUGCGAAGGAAGUGUUGAUAAUAUUUUCAACAUUUCUUGAAAAUCAUAACUAUCGUGGAUUUAAAAUAAAUUAUAAACGAAUUUCUAGUACAUGCUAUCGAUAUGUUAGCGGGCUAUCUGGUAAUAUUGAAUUAGAUAUUCCAAGAGAUAAUUCAUUGCCCACAUUUUGUCGUUGGAAAAUUACUGUACCAAAAGGACAAGUAGUACGUUUCGAACUCCUAGAUACUGACAGAUUUAAUAGAUUGGUUUCAAAUAAUGGAUCGGAAACAUCGCCACCACGUUCUCAAGUCAACUAUUCUCUUAAUUUUAAAAUCUUCAAUAGCAUCGAUUCCAUUGCUAAGAUAACUGAAUUCUAUUUUGAAGACUACAAUUCCUCUAACAUAAUACAGUCAACCGAUAACUUAAUGUAUAUCCAAAUUAGAAUCGGUCGAUUAAUUCACUCAAUACGCAAAAUACAUGCACGUUAUUCUUCCGACCAUGAAUCGCACUGCCCGGUGGAUAUUCCAACUCAUAUUACCUCCGGUUUCUUAUCUGUAACUGCGGAUCAAUUCAAUUAUACGAACUUUUACUGUCGCACUCAAUUUUAUCAGAAUGGCGAUCAGACUUUGACAUUUAACAUUAGCUCACUUGUUUACGGCCACAGCAAUACGUACUACCAAAUCAGUCCGGUACGGUUUAAGGACGAGCAACUAUUUGUACCAUUUGUUGCGCUUACUUCAAAUGCUAGCAAUAUGGUAAUUUCUUCUUCUGCAAAGAGGGGCUCCAUAAUUACCUUCCAAACUGAAUUUGUGCAAUUUAAGGAAUUUAUGGUAAACUUCCGCCGUCACGAAUGCGGUGGAGUACAGCAAUUGUCAAACGGUUUUCAACUGAAAAGUCCGGAAUUUAGUAUUGAAAAUUAUGGACCUCUAGAAUGUGUUUGGAUUUUAAGAGCAACUUACACCACAUAUUACCACUUAAAUGGUACAAUAAAUUUUUCAGAUACUUGUGACCGAGAGUACUUGGUUGUAUAUGCAGGACCGUCAAAUCUAUUUCCGGAAAUAGGUCGAUUUUGUCGCGAUGUAACUGACUUUUCUGGUACUUCUACAUCCAAGUUAUUUACGCAUGUCCUAUACCAUGCUGAAAAUUUUAAAACAUCGGAAAGCAAUUUCAUUCUUGAAGCACAGACACAUAUUAUAUGUGGCAGUACCACCGCAAUUCGAGGACAAGUUUCCAAAAUCUCAGUUGAUUCCAAAACAUAUAAAAAUAAUAUGGAAUGCAGUUGGGAAUUUGAUGCAGCAAAUGGAUAUUACUUAGUUUUGUCAUUUGUUGAUAGAUUUUUCAUUGAAGAUUCUGAAAACUGUACAAACGAUCAAUUAGAAAUUCAGACAUACGAAGCUGGCAUUUGGGUGAAAGCAGCAACAUUUUGCGGUCGUGAAUCACCUGAAUCAUAUAACACCAAAUCAAAGCGAAUACGUAUCGUUUUUCGAACGAAUAAUGUCACUACUGGAGAUGGUUUCACCAUAAAUGUUCACUCCACCUGCAAUGUUGUCCAUGUUCUUACCGACGAAUUUAAUCAAGUCGUGGAAACCACUCGAUUGGCGAACAGUUUUAUAGGCAGUCCGCAAUGUGAGGUAACAGUGAAAACGGAAACGGAAAAGUUGAUAAUAGCCCAUUUGUAUAUGGGACUUAGAUUCUCUGCUGCAAAAACUUGCAAUUAUGAGCGUGUUACAGCAUAUGUAAAAAGCAAAAUUAAUGGUACCGAUAUAUCGUCUGGAGUUUAUUGUAAUGAUGCAGAAAUAAGAGCUCCUAACUAUCUUAGAUUAGUAUAUAGUGGAUACUUUGACAGAGGUGAUUCCUUAAAAAUGGAAUUCAAACUAAACAGUUGUGGUGGUAACAUAACAUCACCAACUGUUAUUUAUCCAUUGCAACAUGAAGAAAAUGAACAGUAUGCAGAUAAUAUGAACUGUAUUUGGUACUUGCGUGCAGCUCCAGAUCAGUCCAUUGUAGUUAAAUUCAAAUAUUUGGAUAUGGAAGAAAGUUUUAGUUGCUCCUUUGAUUAUAUUGCUUUAUAUUCGGGUACGAAUUUAAAUGACGAGAAACGUGUGGCCAGACUUUGUGGUAAUAUGACAGAUAAUUCCCCAGUCAUAAUGCUGGAUAGCAAUACUGGUGUUAUAAAUGCUGUAUCUGAUGUCAGUGUUGGAUCCAAAGGAUUCUCUGCGAAUAUUAUAUUCAUGCCAAAUUGCAAUGAACGCAUCACACUUUCAGUCGAUCAUCCAAUUGUGUCUUUACCACGACAGUUCAAUGUCACAGAAGAUCUACUGUGCCACUAUCGGAUAUCAGGACCACGAGGCUAUCGUAUUAAUAUUCAACUUAAACAAUUACAUAUAAAUAAUCAAACUUCCUGUCGAACUUUAGAAAAGUGUAAGUCGUGUAACUUUAUUGAAAUACUGGACAGCGCUGCUAACCGACGUUUAUCUAUGGGAAAAUAUUGUGAAGAUGUGCACACUACCAUAUCAUUAUUUACGUCAGUGGAAGACGCCUUAAUAAAAUUUGAUGCCACCAAUACAAAGGGAAAGGUCGAAUUUGAAAUUGUUUUGAGCUUGAUUGAAUCGGAAUGUGGAACAGAUGAAUAUGUACUACACAAUAAUGAGAUUUUGAAUAUUGCAUUUCCACUGAAGAAUACUAGUGAACUUUAUCCACCAAAUAAACAUUGCAAGUGGAAAAUUAAAGCAACAUCUAACUUUGUAAUAAACUUCAACAAGUUUCUCUUACAAAAUGCCUCACAAGUGGAUAAUAAAUGUUUAGACUAUUUGCAUAUACAAGGAGAAUAUUUAUCUACCUACUACUGUGGUAAUUCAACUGGUUUCAAACUUCCUAUUGAUGAUUCGGAAAAGUCCAUUAUUCUAAGCUUCCAUAGUGACGAAUUUUUUGAAUACCCUGGAUUCAAUAUAACAAUUCAACAUCAGCAAACGUGUAACAACAGCUACACUAAAUUAAAUGACCACAUCGAUUAUUAUAGGGGUACAUUUGAAGAGGUACAGUGUGUGGAUGAUAUACGUGUGCCGGAUGAUUACAAAAUAAGUUUCUACAUGCAAUCAAUAUUUUUUAACACAUAUAACUGCUCCACCAGUUUUCUUAAGUUUAUUGACUUGCAUACAAAUCAAACAUUAUUGGAGACAUGUCAAGACAGAUUUACUUACAGUUCUCUACAUACAAACACAAGUGCUGUACGAAUAUAUGUAGACCAUUUCAGUUAUAUAAAAAUUGAGUAUAUAGCAGUUAAUCGGUCGUUACCAGCAGGUUGUGGUGGAGAAAUAUACAACAAUGAUGGAGUACUAUCAAGUCCUUAUUAUGAUAACGAUCGUAACUUUUCUAAUUGUAGAUGGGAUAUAAAAGUACCUUCACCAAACUACAUUCGCAUUUAUUUUUCCAGUUUUGAUAUGGGAUCCAAAGUAAAUUGUCCGCUGGAUAAUGUAACCAUUUAUAAAAUUUUACCGAAUGGUUAUGAAGAAGUAUUUUUAACUCUAUGCGGCCAAAAUUGGGCAGGAGCUUGGGAUGCUGUAAAAGUACCAAGUAGUCACAUUGCAAUUGUUUCGAAGAAAUCACCUAACUUCGAUGGAUCUGGAUGGACAUUAAAUUUUUACACAUAUGAUGAACGAUCUAAAUUUGAAAAAAAAUUAUUUCUGUAG